ACGUUCAGAAAUAGAACCGGACCUGUGGAUCUUGACGCUGCUCGAAAUGAUUUGGAAGAACGACUUUCGAAGGUGCCCGCAGACCUCAACGACCUACAGAGGACUAUAUCUACCCGAAUCAUUGACGGAAAGGAGGCUGCCCAUAAUUCUGUUUUCGAGCGCAUGAACAGUUUAUCGUCGCAUUCCACAGACGCCUCUGGUGCCGCUGUACUCCCUCAAUCACCAGAGGCCUACUUGGUUGCAUUGGAGCAAGAAUACGAAUUGCCGCUGACAACCCAUAACCCGGUUCACUACCACAUGCCUUAUGUACCUUAUGUGGAUGAACAGGCGUCUCCGGUUGAGUACCAAGGGUCCGAGGAUCGAACCAUCACUCCAUACCCGCCCGACAUUGAAGAAGGUCCAUACAACGACACGGCCGACACUGCGUGGACUGUUGUGGCCAGACACCGGUCGGUGAAGAAAAAGUCGCUGAGGCGCUACCAUGAUCGUGGAGGGGCAUGGAGAGAGACUGCCGUAGCGACAAACGAUCCUCGUGUGAGCAUCAGUCGGGAGUCUGCAAGGGGCCUCAUCACCCCGCCUCAGUCUUCCAGAGGGGGCAGAUCACCCAGUCGCUCCAACGUUUCCGCAAGAAGCGAAGCUGAGGCCGAACUGCUGUACAUAAAAAAGGGGUCACCACCACCACCUCGUGGCGGUGGCUACAUACACGACAAGGGCAGAAGCUCCAGUUCCGGUACAUCUGCAAGGCCAACCUCGAUGCUCGGAGCUUCAAUUUACGCCAAGGCCGUGUCAGGCACCGCAGCCGAGGAGGAGACCUCCUUGUUUCCUACUUUCGCUUCUCCCCCUUCACGGGCCGCGACAAUCGACAGGAAAGCUGCUUACGAUGAUCGGUCCGUCUACAGCCUACAGACCGUGAACAGCCGAACGCCUUCCACAGCUCUCAGGCUGAAAGAAAACCAAUUUCCAAAGUUAAAUGAUUCUGGUAAUGUGUCUCAAUCGACCGAACAGUCUCGCCAAUCGCAAAUUCAAGAAUCCACUUCGAAGCCGUCCUUUCAAAAAUUCCUCCGCCGCUUGGGCAGAUCCGUUAGUGGGGGAAAGCGUCACGAAAAAUCAGGCCAAGGAAAGUUUUCUUCCAGCGGUUCAUCGAUCUCAUCCAUUCCGAGAUCGUCGGAAGAACUCCCGUACACAUACCAGGAGGAUGUGAGAACAGCGAACUCCAGCCCGGGUCUGGCUUACCCACAACAAUUUCCCUCCGGAUUGUCCGUUGUCACAAAUCAAGAGAGUAGUCUGCGACAGCAUCCCCUCGAUCGGCAGUCAAAUUCCCAGCCACCUUACACAUACCAGGAUGAGUCUGACAAUGAUGUUCUUUCCCAGUCUGAUCCAUGUCUGGGCCGCCCAAGUCUGAACGUCUUUCCCGCUGAGAAUAUGGGAUAUCGGCCGCCACCGCGGCAGGUUCCAUCUAGCACAUAUAAAGACAACUAUCGGCCAGGAAUUCAUAUGGAUCCUACGCCGCCGAAUGGGUAUUCAUCGCAGCCAAUGUCUAGGAACCCGAGCUCAAACCCUCGAUAUGCGACAGCGGCUGGCUCAGCAGGCACAGCUUUGAGCAGCAAUAGCGGAAGCGUCAGGUCAAGUAUCCCUCAUCGGCGAGCGCCGUCUAUGGUGGAGACGGAGCCCUCACCGCGUCUUUCCCCAAUAGAGAUGGACCAGACUUCUUACGACAUAUGGAGGGAUAGGCAGCCCGGACAGCCCAUCGACGAGGCGCUAUUUGGACGCAGCAAUAUGCCUCGCCGACUGCCUGUCGGUCGUGUCCCUAGCUUCAUACGGGAAAGCCCGACAAUGAGUUCGCGGUCUCUCCCUGGCAACAGCGAACCAAUGUCUAGAUCCGGGUCCGGGGGCAUCAGAACUACAGAUGGACGGCUCAUCUCAUUUGGCGACAUUCCAAUAAACAUUGAAGAAGCGGAACGGCGGCGCAUUCAGGCAGAUGACAAUCGACUCCAACGCAGGUAUGAAGAGGCGGUGGAGCUUUCGCGACAAGUCAGAACUGGUGAGGCAGACUCAGAGUCUCCUCCAGAGUCAAGCCCCAUAGGGCUGGGGCUACGUAUGCCUUAGAAGGCACCACAGCCAGAUAGCAAGCCUGGCGCAAAACGCCAUAGAAGGCGUCUUUGACGAAGAACGGAGCUGGUAGAUUGGAUUUCUUGUUCGAAUUCUGUCUUACUUGAAGGCUUGCGACAAAAGUGUUGUUUGGGGGAGGCAAGAGGCUGGCGCUGAAACAAAACAGAACGGAACAGACCAGGUGUUUUAGUCAUUGUAUACUUCUAAAGCGGCCUUG